AGUGCUGAGCUGUGCCUAAGCCAGGAUUGAAGGCGAAUCCUAUUUAGGAAAACACCCUUGAUGAAGGAAGCGUGAAGCAAAGUGGAAGAGUUGUGUGGCUGCAAUGAAGAUGAGGGCACAGCGGUGUGGGGUCCGUCUGCACCGGGUGCUGUGCAGCUGUGGGAUGGCUCCAUGUGAAAGAGAAUUCUUCAUCCAGCCCUGAGCUGCCGAGCUGCCCGUGCUCGAGGACUACACGGACCGUUUAGAUAAGGAGAGAACUGUUUUUUAGCACAGGCAGCAAUUAAAAUAGCUGGUAAAUGUCCGCAACUCCGGCACUGCCGUAAACAAGAAGGAGAAAAUUCUGGAUUCAACCACAAGCAGGGAUGCACCCGGAGAUGAGAGCCUGAGCUCUGUUUGGUGAGGAAGGCACCGAGGUGGACGCUUGCCCUGGAGAUGGCUGCAGAGGAGCUGCGUGCUCCGGGCACCCCUUUCUCGCUCUCCUUUUCGGGCAGUGGGUUCCUCGUGCUGUAUCAGGUUGGGGUGGUGCAGUCCCUCCUGGAGUUGGCCCCCGAGCUGCUCAAAUCUGCCUGCAAGGUGUACGGAUCGUCUGCCGGAUCACUCAUCGCCGCCGCCGUGGUGUGCGGCAUCAGCCUGGAUGACCUGAAAGAAGUGUUCUAUGCAAACGCAAGGGAAGCCCGGAAAACCCUGCUGGGCCCCCUGUCCCCCAAGUGCAGCCUGCUGGCCAACAUCAGGGCCGUGCUGGAGCGCAGGCUCCCGGAGGACUCCUACCUGGUGGCAUCGGGGCGGCUGCACAUCUCUCUGACGCGGGUGGUGGACGGCCAGAACGUCAUGGUGUCCGAGUUCAGCUCGAAUGAGGAGCUCAUUCAGGCUCUCCUCUGUAGCUGCUUCCUUCCUAUCUACUGCGGGUUCAUCCCUCCGUCCUACCGAGGUGUGCGUUACGUUGAUGGGGGAUUCACGGGCCUGCAGCCCGUCUCCAGCCUGGAGGAAGCUGUGAUCACUGUGUCCCCAUUCACGGGAGAGCUCGACAUCUGCCCACGGGACUGCCCUGCCAUCUUCUACUGCUUCCAGAUCUUCAAUGGCAGCAUUCAGAUCUCGGUGGAAAACCUGUGCAGGAUUAGCUAUGCUCUGUUUCCACCCAGCACCAUGGUCCUGAACGACAUUUUUUUCCAGGGGUACCAGGACACUGCCCUUUUCCUGUGCAGGAACAAUGCCUUCGGUGUGAACUACUUUGAUGGCAAUUUCCGCUUUGCCAGCAUGUGUGGGAAGAAUGACUUCCCACAGCCCAACGGGAUGCUGAACGGUCUGGGCAAGUGUGUCCCGCAGUACCUGGCACCGCGCUUCCUCCCAGACCUGGCUCGGUGGAAGAAGCAGCAGAUGUUUAAACUGCAGGAUCCGCUGUCGAAGGUCCUCCUGCAGCCAUACAAGCUGCCAGCGUUUGUCUGGAAGGGGCUGGAGCAGCUGUGGGGGCUGCUGGAAGACAUCAGCUCCAUGGCAAAACAGUUCCAGAAGCUCCUCCGAACAGUGGUGCCUGGUUUGCCUAAGAGAGCUGUGGCCAGGAGGUAACCAUCCCAGGUGGGCCAACACCACACGGUUUUGCCAUCCCAGGAAGCGGUGGACGACAAUGGAGAUCAUUUCACAUGGUUUCAUGGAUGAUGUCCUCAUGGAGUUAUUUGGGGGUGGUUUUUUUCACUUGGAGAAGUGGGCUGAUUUUGUGUUUAGUGCUACUGCACCAGUCUCCCCACCCAGGCCUGACCUGCUUUAACAUGACGGCCAACGAAAAGCACUGCAUCUGCAGCCAAGCUGCAGUCUGUGCAGGAUGGAUCAGGCAUCUUGCAUGCACAUACAGCCCAACCACUGUUUUCCAUAGCCACUCCACUUGCUGAUUACAAGAAUCAUCCUUCCUCCUCUUCCAAGCCUGCAGAAACAUGCUAAGAUGUAAUUAUUUCAUGACUCAGCAUACAUAUCAGCUGCCUUACACUUUAUUAAGCCCUCGUCUUUUCAAGCAAGCAUACCUGAUGCUGUCUCCUUUGCACAAGUUUAGGGCUAAUGGCACAAAGGAGAAAAUGGGUAAAGUAUAGUAUUUCUUUGAAUCAUCUCAUGCAGGAGCUUUUUUCACCCUGGGAAGGCAAGCUGAAAAACUCAGCUGCACCCAGCCCAAACCAGCUGCAGUAGGUCCUGUAUUUCUCCUGGAAUAGCUCCAUUAAAGGUGGGUGAUGAGAUUCAUAUGUGGCCUCUGGGAAUAUAAGGAGGGUCGUGGCUCUGCCUGUGCUGGUGAUGUUCUGUCAGUGUGCUCUUCAGUGCAACUCAGUGGCUCUCUGCAGGCUGUGUUGUAAGUUGCUCUUUUUUUCUUUAAAACAUGAACUGGGGCCAAAGGCAGCAGCUGUGUCAAAAAUGUUCUUCUGUAGCUGGCAAGGCCCUAAAGGCAGUAAAACCACCUUGAUCAAUUUGACAGACUCUGCUGAUCCUUCUGUAACAAACUGGAUUCAAGCACCUGGUCAGGGCUGCUUCCCUCAUUACUGUUAUCUACAGUGUAAUAAAAUAAACAGGCUUUGAAAUCCUUAAAA